AUAAAGUGACGUCACACACCAGCAAAUAAGUCGAGGCUCUGGACGACUUUUCAUGGAAGUUGAAAGUCUGGCUUUAAACGGGGUCAUUUAGCUAUUUCCUGAGUAAACGAUCAUAUAAAUAUGGAAUUGUCGGCUUGAAAGGAACGCAGCAUGGAUUCAGUAAUGUUACGACUCAAAAUGGCGGAAUAUAAGAACAAGAAUCGCAAAGAUGGUGGAUUCUUUUGAAGCUGAACACAAUCAACGAUGUUUCUCAUACUUGUUUUUCGUGUGUUUGGCAUAUUUACUGUUGUCGCCUUCGCACACUCGUGUGGCCCGAGUGAAUAUAGAUCUGCAGGUGGAGAAUGCUGCCCAAUGUGUAAUAUAGGGUCAGUGGUUUUCCAUGACUGCCUUGGGGAUUUCAGUACCACUUGCAAACCGUGUAGUCAAGGAACAUUUAUGAGUGAACCAAAUGGUCUUUAUAAAUGUUUUCCUUGCAAAAAUUGUGAUCAAAGUCAUGGCCUAUACACCCAGAGCAAAUGUACCACAAUGACAAACAGCAUCUGUGAUGUGCUUGAUGGAUAUUACUGCAUUGAAUACCACAACUCAGAGUGCAUUUAUACUCUAAAGCAUAGUGUAUGUAAACCAGGACAAGGAACAAAAUUAGGCACAAAGAGAUCAGACACCGUGUGUGUGGACUGUGGUCAUGGGUUUUAUUCUCCAUCAGGUUUGAACUGCACCAAAUGGACAGACUGUGCCACCAGAAAUGAGAUUCAGACAGCAGAUGGCAGUUUUAUUAAAGAUGUCACGUGUGCACAGAAAAGGGGAAGAUAUGGCCUCAUAGCAGCUGUUCUUGCUGCUGUUCUUGCUGCUGUACCGAGUGUCUUGUCCUUAUUCCGAUACAGUUCUUCAGAAGUACUUAAUACAGGUCCUGCACUUAAAUUUCCUGUUGAAGAAACAAGAUCUACAAUCACACACGGAGGAAACAUAGAGGGAGAGUAACUAACAGUUGGGAUCCUCAUUUCAAUCUCUUAUCUCUCCACUGGUCACUCCAUCAUAAAUCAUUUUUUAAUGAAAGGAUAAGAGUGGAUUGUGCAGAGUUUGUAAUCUUCUUUGAUUGAUGUGACCUUGACGUGGUGGAGAAGCAUCAGUACAUCAAAGACACUGCUUGAGAUCUGUGCUAGUAGAAGGCUCACUUGAAGUAUAUUCAAAAAACCAGAGUAAUCCCAAAUGUAAAUGUAGGCUAAAGUAGGAUGUAAUCAAGUACUCGAUCAGCUUUAAAUAUCGGAUAGAUAAAAACACUAUUAGAAUAUUGCUAUUUGAUUUUCCUUUGUGCCUUUGCCUGCAGUGGGCAACAACGAAAUUGCUUAUCACACAUAAAUCAUGCUGUUACAACUCAUUGUUUUGGAUGCACGAUGUUCUUAAAGGAAUACUCCAAUCACUCAAAAAGAGAAAUUCUUUCAUUAUUUAAAGGGGACCUAUUAUGCAAAAUUAACUUUUACAAGGUGUUUGUACAUAAAUGUGAGUCGGAGGUGUGUGCACACAACCACCCUACAAUGUUAAAAGUCCACCCACUCCUCUUUCGUAUAUUUCUAUUAAUCAAAAAGUGUCAUAAUUAAUGGUUUUCAUUUCUGCUCUAAAGUGACAUCCCGUUAGAGCAGGCCUCGCCCACAACUGGUGAUGGACUCCACCCUAUUAUCAUAGAUUCUCCCCUGAGUGAGCUGCACACAGUCGGACAUUUUUUUCUGCGCUGGAGCAGAUACAGUGAGAAGAAUAAUGUCUCAGCUUUGUAAGCAUCAUAAGUGUUGUGUUGUUGGCUGUAAAAGUGAACAUAAGAGUCUUCAUGUACUUCAGGCAUCAGAGCCACAGAAGACGCAAUGGAAAGUUUUGUUCCCCGUCUGUCACUCACUUCGAUGUUGUGUCAAAGAAGCGACACUAGGGGUCUCUCUUGAGAGCCUUGUGCAUCUCUGAACUUGAGAAAAGGCCAAUGAGAAAUUGGCAGACAGAAUUUGCAUGUCCCGCCCCCAGAGAACAUAGCCAUGGCAACGUUGCGGUCAUGGCUUUCUUCCCUCACGAGAAGAAGCCAUAUCACGCGUCUGGUGAUGAAGGCGAUUUGGGGUGUACAGCAGGCUUGGUUUCGCCGGGUAAAUCCCCAUGAACCACAAGCUCCCCAGCAUGCUCGUUUGCUUCCGUCCGGCCUUGAGGUGAGAGCAGCUCGCCUCACGGCCAGUCUGUUUACUCCCUCAGACCCCGCAAACUGGAUGAUGAUUUCGCCGCUGCAUCAGAGAGCGUCACAGCGGCGUCUGAUGCUGAUGACUCGAAUGGGCUGCCACCUCCGGGUCUGCUCGUCCAGUGUGAGCCUGAUGCGCAGAUGUCUGCUAUGCUUGCCCGGACCCUCCGUCCCCCCCUCACAGCUAGAAGAUUGGUUCUCGGGUCAAGGCGCCGCUCACAGCCCCGGAGGUGCAUUAUGAGUUGACGAAGCCGUAGAGGGCACCUUUUACUGUCCAAAACCGGCUUCCUUGCUCCUCCGCUCUGACUUCCUCCAAGCUGUCUCCGCCCUGCAUGACAUGGCCCCCCUGCAAUCCACAAGGCCAAGGUCUGCACUUGGGUAGUCCUGCUCCUGAUGUGCUGUAGGAACUGUGCUCAAUGACCGAUCGUGCCCCCCGGGGCCACGAAGGUCACAUCGCCAGCACUCGGAUGGGCAAUGGCCACCCUCGUGGUCCAGGAGCGUCAUCUAUGGCUGGACCUGGUCGAGAUACGGAAGGUAGACAAAGCACGCUUUCUCAAAAACCCUGUCUCCCAGCUCGGUCUAUUCGGCGGCACCGUUGACGUCUUCGGCCAGCAGUUCUCAACGGUGAAGAAAUAGACGGAGGCCACAUCAUGCCCCGCUGCCUUACCAGCGCAGGCCUUGCUCCGUCUGCUCACCAAUGGCGUCCCCCUGUGGCUUCCAAAUGUCAGGCAGCUCUGCUUCAACCUGGGCCCAGCUCUCAGCCCCACAACAUAUCAGUACCAUGAGGGAUGUUGGUUGCCAGACUGACUCACCACAGCUGUGUAGUGUCAAUUAACCAUUCAGAAACAUCCUGGUUCAUUCUCACAGUUGUGACUUCUGCCGGAGUCUCUCCUUCAUCAGUGUCCGACUCUGGUUCAUACAUAUAUAUAUAUAUAUUAGGGCUGUCAAUCGAUUAAAAAAUUUUAUCGAAUUAAUUACAUGGUCUCCCGAUCAAUUAAUCGCGAUUAAUCGCAUAUACAAAUAUUUGCUGAGAAAGCCCCUCAUAUAACAAUAAUUCAAUAUAUAAUGAUUAUACAUAUUUAUAUCAAUAUAUAUUUAUACAUAGUUAUCUUUAAAUAUUUUAAUAUAUAUAUUAAAAUAUUUAAUAUAUAUAAUAAUAUAUUAUAUAAUAUAUAUAUAUAUAUUAUAAUAAUAUAUAAUAUAAAAAUUCAGAUAAUUAAAUGCAUUGUGGCAGAAUAGUUAAUCAUUGAUAAGACGAUACAAAAACGGCUUUAGAAUACAAUGUAUUGUUUACUACCAUAUUAUUGAUCGUAAUCCAAUCAUUGGCACACAGUUCACAGCAAUCCAUUUCACAAGUGAAUUUGUCAAUCAGUUGGAGAUUAUGAUUUCUUUAAAUUAAUGCUUAAAAACUUUUACAUCUAGAGCCAAGAGGUAUAUUAAAACAAACAACAUCAAAAAGGAAAAUAAAUAAACAGUUUAAAUAAAAAUAUAAAAUUGUUUACAUAUUUCAAUACACUUUACAGCUUUCUUGUUACUCAAAUUGGAAAUUGUUCUUAGGUAUUGCUGAACCUCUGAAUUAAAAAUUAAAACUAAUUGUUUAUAACCACCAUACUUUCAUUUAGGAAUACUAAACUUUGCCAACAAAAGCAGAAAAUUAAUCAAAUAAUAUUCCUUAUGAAGAGACAUGUCAUAGCUAAAAAAAAAAAAACGAAUAAAAUAUUUUCAAAACAAAGUUGAAAGCUGGGAAUAAUAUGAUCUCUAACAAUCUUGCAGAAAUCAGACCAAAAACAAGUUGAGUAGGGACAACUCCAAAAUAAAUGAAAAAAAUGUUUUACUACAAAAUGUACAGAAUAUAUCGACAUCACAAUUAAAUCUCUCUACAAGAAAAUAAUUAGUGAGGUAGUACUUAUAAAUAAGUUUGAAGGAAAUUUCUUUGAUUUUAAUUGUGAUUAGAUAUUUAUGGGGUAAUUUCCGAAUUUUGCACCAUCUCAAUCCAGCCACACCCUGCAUCAGACAUGCUUGUGUUGUGUCUCGGGUGUGUUGCAUCAUAAACAUAAAAUUUUUAGGUCACUGUAUCAAGUUCAAUAUAGUUUAAUACUAAAUUUUUAAUUCUUGAGAUCCCUUUGUGUGUUUUGAAUGCAAGAACACCUACUGAAGUGUUUUCUUCACUGUAAUAAAGUGCGCGUUGCUCAUACAGCUGAAGUUUCACUUACUGCCCUCUGGAGUAAACAGGUGGUACUACAAGCUUACAUUUUUCAGGAAUCUUCCUAAUUAUGGUCCGGGGGAAGUGCGAUUAAAUGCGUUAAAAACGUUUUACGCGUUAUUUUUGUAAAAUUAAUCGCACUGAAUUAACGCGUUAAAUCGACAGCCCUAAUAUAUAUAUAUAUAUAUAUAUAUAUAUAUAUAUAUAUAUAUACCGGCUGAACUCCGGUAUUUACGCUGUCCGUCAUAUUGGUUGUGAUUUGUUGUUGCUGUAGUAUAUGUAGAAUGCUGUAGUGACCGUCAUCGGCAAGCCUCUACUUUUUAUAUAAACUUUUUUUGGCAGUUUCUGUGAAACUUACUAAAUAAACAUUAGCUAGCAAUACUAUGUACAUUUUUAACUAAAUAUCAAUAACUUUUUUUUGCCAAUUUUGUUAGUUGUGCAAACUCCGCCUGAAGUAAUGCGAGGCAGAGAGCAGGAUUUUUUGUGUUUUUUUUACACUGUUCACAAGCUGUAAAGACACAGCCCUCUUCCUGAAAGGGAGCUGGGGAGCAGCAGCUCAUUUGCAUUUAAAGAGACACACACGAAAACUGUGUGUUUUUGAUUCCACCCAAAAAGAGAAAUUUACAACAUGGUAUAAUACAUGAUCCAUGGGGUAUUUUGAGCUGAAACUUCACAGACACUUUCUGGGACAUUCUCCAGGACUUAUAUUACAUCUUGUAAAAAGGGGCAUAAUAGGUCUCCUUUAAAGUAAGUGUAUCACUCCAGAAGACUUGGAAUGUAUGAAUCUAUUUGUUAUGAGUGCAUUUUAAUUUUUGAAUUUUUAUUUUUGAAUCUAGAUAUGAAUUCUGCUUUGUGUUCAUUUUUCCAUAAUGAAAACAGGUUCAGUUAAUUACAAAUUUCAAGUGAUUGAUUACACUUUUUUUUUUUUUUUUGAGUACAGCUACAAAAUUACAUUUUAAUUAUUUACAUUUAUGCAUUUGGCAGACGCUUUGAUCCAAAGCGACUUACAGUGCACUUAUUACAGGGACAAUCCCCCCAGAGCAACCUGGAGUUAAGUGCCUUGCUCAAGGACACAAUGGUGGUGGCUGUGGGGAUCGAACCUACAACCUUCUGAUUACCAGUUCUGAUUACCAGUUAAGUGCUUUAGCCCACUACGCCACCACCACUCCACCACUAAUUAUCCCCUACUAAAAACAACAGAUCUCCAAUGACAUCAUUAGUGUUGUAAAAAGACACUCCUGACACUCCACAACUUAAAACAAAUACGCUGCAUUUGAAACACUAUGUUAAUAUAACGUAUGUGAUUUUCUGUUCAGCAGUAUACAAUGGAUGCAAUUUUAAAUGAUACAAAAAACAGUAUUUACAUCAGUUACAUGGUCCAUGACCUGCUUAAACUCGAUAUGCAAUUUUUAUAUGAAUUUUUUUUUUUUUAACUAAACUAGUAAGGCAGCUUAAAAAUUAUAUCCUUGGGAUGGACAAAAGCAAUUGGGGGAGCAUAUUACCCUGUAGCUCAGCUCUAGACAGCCAUUCAAAAGUAGCCAUGUUUCAUGAUGAAAUAAAACAAUUUCAAAGAACCAUUUAAGUAACACAUUGUCAUCCGAUGACGGAUUGUUUUUGAAGGGCUGUUAAAAGCAUGAAAUUUAUUUGUAUUUUUCCUUAUCUAUUCCCAUUGACAAAUGAUGAGUGACGUGACACCCGAUCCCAGAACUGAGCACCUAUGAGCAAAGAUAGCAGCCUCCAUUUUGCUAGCUUUCUGGGAACCCUGUGCUAGCUUAGCGCAGUCAUAGAGAUUAAUGGGGAUGCUAAUGAUCCUAACACCCCAUAGUGAUGGAGACACUAUACUGCAAAAAGGAACCGUCUUUAGGAUGAGGUCUGACUCUGGUCGUUAAAAAUCCCAGGACACUUCUCGUAAAGAGUAUGGGUGUAACUGGUGUCCCAUUGGCCCUUAUCAAUCACGGCCUCCUAAUAAUCCCCUCCAUUUAUUGGCAUUUUUUACUCUACUCUCUCUUGUCCGCCAAUAGUUGGGGUGUGGUAAGUGAUCUGGUGCACUUUGGCUGCUGUUGCAUCACUUUUUACAGGGGAAGCCACCUAUUGGUCCAAUGCCGUGGCUGAAGAUCUCCUGCGUGUUCUGUCUUAUUGUGCACAUUAAAUAAUACUUUGAUUAUUUUAUUUGAGUUCCAUGUUUUAUUAAACUUGUCAUUUAUUCUUUUCUUUAUUUCAUCUGACUCCAAUUAUGAAAAAAAAAACCAUUUUAAAUUACAGAACAGUAUAAGUCAUUACUUAGUUUUUUAUAGUUUUGACUGUAAAAUGACUUGAAGUGAAGUAUGUAAGAGAGGGGGGCAGAUGAGGAUGAGAAUUGCAUUUUAUGGUCCAUGCUUGGUAGAGUGUGAUUUUCAUGUGGAGAUUCCUUCUAUGUGAGAGUGUUUAUGUGGAGAUUUCUUUUGUGUGAGAGUGUUUAUGACUUAGUUCUCGCAUAGUCAGCCUUACACAUCAUCCUGGUGAAUUCUGCACACUGGUGGUGAUUACGGAGAGUCCCCUAUUCACUAUGUAAAGAGAUAUAUAAGUAUAAUUAAUGUAAUGCUAAUUCAUAAUGCAUUAACUAGUGUUGAUUAACCACAUUUAAUUUAAAAUUUAUGUUAAAAUUAACCAACAUUAAGUUCUGUUAAAUAUGGUUCAUUUUAAAUUCAACUACCGAAAUUAACUAACAUUUAUGAAGACAUUACAACAUUAUUGUAAAGUUUGUAAAGAUUAUUCUCAACACUAGAAGAUCUAAUAAUAAGAGUUAAUGUGGGAAACGUAAUACUGUCAUUCGUAAUGUCACCUAUUCUACUUUUAUUCAUUCUUUGCAUUGGAAAGCCCCUAAAUUUGGAUCGCAUUGUAAUUUAAUUUGCCCUCUCAAAAUGUAAUCAUUGAGAAAUAUGUUUUCCUUUUUACCCUACUCUGUUUGUUUUUUUUAUAUACAAAGAUUUUGUAAUUAUAUUCCUUACUAUUUUGGUUGUUUAACUGUAAUUUUGUAAUAAUUCAUGUGUUAUUGUUGCCGUGCUGAAAAUUCAAUAAAAAUCUAAACUAA